CCUUCAGAAUAUUCAAUGACGGUCCUUUCUGUUAAUUAUUCUUCGUAAUUUUCAGGCACUUUCGCUCUGUAGAAUAGGCAAAUAUGCGUGCUCAACUAAAACUUACAUAUUAGCAGACUUUUCUUAGGAAAUAUUUCUGGACUAUCGAAGGAUGCUGUAAAAUAUUUAGACCGGAAGGUUUUAAGAAGUUUAAUGGAGCUAUCAUUAUUAAAAGUGCUUCUCAGUAACAUUUCCUCCUUUCUACGUCUCUCAUCCUUGGACAACAUCAAUGUCGACCCGGUUCAGAAGUAUUACCAGAGAGUAGAAGAGAUACUGAAGUUGUUGAAGCCCAUACUUGAUGCCAUUGUUGACUCUGAAAUUGCUUCCAGUGAAGUGUUCAACAAGGUGUUUCAAGAAUUAGCUCAAUCUAUAGACGAAUUGAGAGAAAUUUUUGAAAGCUGGCAAACGUUGUCUAGUAAAGUUUACUUUGUAAGUUCCUUGUCAGGUCUACCUGGAAAUGGGCAGGCUUUGGAUAUUGGAAGAAUAUCAAUAAAUAGUCGUGAAGAUAGAUCUAACUCUGAAGAAGGCCGGGAAUCAGUUGGCCAGCCAUCUGUUUCACCCUCUAGGACAGAACCUUCUAAUGCUGUUGGAGUUGCACAGUCAUCGCAGAAUCAUAAUAGAUCUAGUUCUGCCUCUGGCAGCCUUUCUAACACAGAUUUCUCUCGAGGGGAAACAGCAGAUGCCAAUGAGAACUCAGAGGCUCAUGCUACAGCAUACAACAGCGAUACCUCUGGGGAGAUGAAGUCAGAGCCACAGACUCCUUCGCCCUUGGUCACUCCGCAAAGAGGACCAGACUUCUCAUCUCGUGGGGAAACACGGUCUCGUAGCCAAACAAUCUGGCGUCGCCCAUCAGAGAGGUUUGUUCCAAGGAUAGUUUCUUCCCCCGCCACUGAAACAAGAGCUGACCUUUCUGGAAUCGAGGCCCAAGUUCGGGAACUGGUUGAGGAAUUGAAUAGCCCCUCAAUUGAUACUCAAAGGAAGGCAACAGCUGAUCUUAGGCAACUUGCUAAGCAUAACAUGGAUAAUCGGAUUGUAAUAGCCAACUGUGGGGCGAUUAGCUUGUUAGUUAAUUUGCUUCGAUCAUCAGACACAAAAAUUCAAGAAGAUGCUGUUACAGCUCUCCUUAACUUGUCAAUUAAUGAUAACAACAAAACUGCAAUUGCUAAUGCUAAUGCAAUUGAGCCACUGAUCCAUGUCCUUGAAACGGGAAGUCCUGAGGCUAAAGAGAAUUCAGCUGCCACUCUCUUUAGCCUUUCUGUGAUUGAGGAUAACAAGGUCAGGAUUGGAAGAUCUGGAGCAAUUAGACCCCUCGUGGAUCUAUUGGGAAAUGGAACUCCCAGGGGUAAGAAGGAUGCAGCAACUGCUUUGUUUAACUUGUCAAUAUUUCAUGAAAACAAACUCCGGAUUGUACAAGCUGGUGCUGUAAGACAUCUUGUAGAGUUGAUGGACCCGGCAGCUGGGAUGGUUGAUAAGGCUGUAGCUGUUUUGGCAAAUCUUGCUACAAUUCCUGAGGGGAGGACCGCUAUUGGUCUCGAGGGUGGGAUUCCUGUUCUAGUUGAGGUUGUUGAGUUGGGUUCUGCAAGAGGAAAAGAGAAUGCAGCUGCUGCUCUUGUCCAGCUUUGCACAAGCAGUGGUAGGUUUUGCAACAUGGUGCUCCAAGAAGGUGCUGUUCCUCCUCUAGUGGCAUUAUCACAGUCUGGCACCCCAAGGGCUAAAGAGAAGGCCCAGUAUCUUCUUGGCUACUUCAGAAACCAGCGGCAUGGCAAUGCUGGGAGGGGCUAAUUUCAGGGCAUGCAUUCAACGCAAUCUGCAGUUUUGAGUCAAAAUGUGUAUAUGUGCUGUUGCAAAUAAUGCAUAUGAUGUUUUUUAUGCUUGGGUUUUACAUGAUUUGUAGAGGAAAGUAAUUUAGGGAGGAUUUGAUUGAGUCUGGCAUUGAUUACUGAUAUUUGUGAAUGUGGAAGAAAAAUUUAUGCAUGCAAGUCUGGCAGUGAAUUGAAUCUGGCAAAGAUGAUGAUGACCCAUGAAUAAUCAAUGCUGUUUGGUGGAUGUUUGAAUGUUAAUUUUCUUACUAGUGGUUAACAGAUAAUUAAUAUCCAGACUGUUUGUGGAUA